UUCGUCAUUGCCUUGGCCUCCUGCGACAUCAACAACCCUCCCACCAUCACCACCACUCCUCCCAAAACCGACCAUUCGCCCUUUGUUGACCUUCCAUGUCGCUAUUUGGCACAUCCCCCGAGGAUUCGGCGCUGGGUAAUUUCGCGCAGAGAUCCAAGUCAUCCCUUUUCGCAGACGAACCCUCCUUCGGUGGGAACACAGGAAAUGCGGGUUCCUCCUCCCUCUUCGCCGACGACGAGGGCCUGAACUCCGGUUCGCUCUGGGGAAACAGUGUCAACAAACGGACGAAACAUCAAAUUGUAAAGACUCUCCUGCCGCAAGAUGAAGUCCCAGAAAGCUAUAUCGACGCGUACGAUCUGGUGCUCAGUGAGGGGGAUCGCGUGGGCAGUGGGGUGGGCCUGACUUCCGUCCGCGAGAUCCUGUCGAGCAGCGGACUCAGUGCCAGUGAUCAGGAGAAAAUCCUGAAUUUGGUGGUCUCGGGCGAUAUAGACAGCUCCACUGGCCUAGGACGUGGCGAGUUCAGCGUGCUUCUGGCCCUCGUGGGCCUAGCGCAGGAAGGGGAGGACCUGACAUUCGACACGGUUGACGAUCGACGCAAGAAGCUCCCGCAGCCCAGGUGUUCUUAUUUCGACGCAUUGCGCGCUAAGCACGAAACUGCUACAUCGGGGCAGUCGUCGCAACAAGACCGUCCCACUACGCCUCCUGCCCCCGCCACCCCGCCGCCAGAGCCAAGCUCAACUCAUUCACGACAGUCUGCCCGUGGGUCCAUGGGCAGUUUUGAAGCCGAUCCAUGGGGAAGCCCUCAGCUGCAUCGAGGACACGCCCAUGCCCAAUCCGAAUCCGAGCACCCCGUUCUGAAUGGUUAUGGCAGCGUACGAUCCGGGACAAAUGCAUGGGCGAGCAGAGCCAGUGAUACCAGCGGCCCGCAGGAUGCGCCAGAGAAUCCCCAUCCCAAUGGAGGGGCGGGCUUGGGUCCUUCUGCUAACCCUGGCUUUGGAUGGGGAGACAACGUGGGAAAUACCUCGGAUGGACAUGGAUUGGGAGGGCCGGUCCGAGCUGGACUUGGAGGCUUUGGCCCACCCGGGAGCGACCAAGGCGAUCCCAAUCCCCGUCGCCGGUCCUUAGGCAUCGGUAGAGUUACAAAUACCCGUAUGGAGGAGGUGAUCACGAUCACCCUGCUUCCGGAAAAGGAAGGCAUGUUCAUGUUUCAGCAUCGCAAUUAUGAAGUCAAGUCUGCCCGCAGAGGGAGCACCGUGGUUCGACGGUACAGUGACUUCGUGUGGCUCCUAGACUGCCUCCACAAACGCUAUCCGUUCCGCCAAUUGCCACUGCUGCCCCCGAAGAGGAUUUCAGCGGACUCCAAUUCCUUCCUGGAAAAACGUCGUAGGGGACUUGUACGAUUUACGAAUGCGCUCGUUCGGCACCCGGUCUUGAGCCAAGAGCAAUUGGUGGUAAUGUUUUUGACGGUUCCGACAGAACUUUCAGUGUGGCGGAAACAGGCGACCAUUUCAGUGCAGGAUGAAUUUGCGGGCCGAGCCCUACCCCCCGAUCUUGAAGACUCGCUCCCCUCCAACUUAAUCGACCUCUUCGAUACGGUCCGCAGUGGGGUCAAACGGUCGGCGGAGGUGUACAUCAACCUGUGCACGCUGUUGGAGCGGUUAGCGAAGCGCAACGAGGGGCUUGCUGCCGAUCACCUGCGGUUCUCUCUGGCGCUGCAGUCGCUGACCGAGGUGACACGCGACACCUACGCAGUGGAUACGAACGAUGUGCCGUUGCUCAACGAGGGAAUCAAGGCCACAGCACGGCAUCUGUCGGCGAGCCAGAGUCUGCUGGAGGAUGAGGCUCGGGCCUGGGAGGAUGGGAUGUUGGAGGACCUCAAGCGCCAACGCGACUGUCUAGUCAGUGUGCGAGAGAUGUUUGAUCGGCGGGACCGAUAUGCUCGUAACAACAUCCCCCAAUUGGAGCGUCGCAUUGAGAACAACGAGCGCAAGCUGCAGGAGCUGCGGGCCCGGCCUCAGAACACGGUCAAACCGGGCGAAAUCGAAAAGGUGGAAGAAGCUAUCUUCAAGGACAAGGAAUCGAUUGUGCAACAACACGCACGUGGGGUGUUUAUCAAAGAGUGCAUUCGGGACGAACUCGUGUUUUUCCAGCAAAGUCAGUAUCACAUCAGCCGGCUGCAUCAAGACUGGAGUCAGGAGCGGGUCAAGUACUCGGAGCUGCAGGCGGACAACUGGCGGUCACUCAGCGAUCAAGUGGAGGGCAUGCCUUUAGGGGACUGAUGCACUGAUGCACGUGUCCAUUACUGGCACUGAACAUUGCUUUUUUUUUUUUUUUUUUUUCUUCUUCUUCUCUGUUUUCUUGGUCUUAAAUUCUUG